AAUUCUGAGCUCAGGCCCUUUACCCUGAGGCUGCAAAUGAAACAGAUGUGCUUGCUGUGAAUUUCUGUAGUAUCUGGACUUUUUUGUACCAAAGGUGACAGCAGUUUCCUUCCUGUGAUUUUUUCUUUUAUUUUUGCACAUAUUUUCCAAAGGGAAUGCAAUGGAGAAGUUGAAGAAAUAUGUGUCGGUGAAAGAUGAAGAUCAGUUUUAUCAUCAGGGAGCCGUGGAGUUGCUAGUCUUUAACUUUCUGCUCAUUCUCACAAUAUUAACAAUUUGGUUGUUUAAAAACCAUCGAUUCCGCUUUCUGCAUGAAACUGGAGGAGCUAUGCUUUAUGGCCUUGUAAUGGGAUUAAUUUUACGAUACGCAACAAAAGUAUCAGAUGUUGGAAGUGGAACUGUUUAUGAAUGUGGAAAGCUGAAAUCUGGGCCAUCUACUCUACUUAUUAAUAUAACUAAUCAGGUCUAUGAAUAUCAAUACAAAAGAGAGAUCAGCCACCACAAUGUCAAUGGUCCCCAGGGCAAUGCAAUGCUUCAAAAGAUGACAUUUGAUCCUUCCAUCUUCUUCAAUAUUUUGCUGCCACCCAUUAUAUUUCAUGCUGGAUAUAGUUUAAAGAAGAGACAUUUUUUUCGUAACUUAGGAUCGAUUUUAACCUACGCCUUUUUGGGAACUGCCGUCUCCUGCAUUGUCAUAGGGGGGCUCAAAAAUUCGUGUAUAACAGAGGAGAGAACAGCCCCGGUGAGGCCAGUGUCCAAGAGCCCUGCCAGAGCCGGAGGCCCUGCAGAUGCAGCGGGGUUACCCAGGGUCUGGGUUCCUGUCCCCUCACAGUCCCCCUUUGGCACGUGUCCACACCAGCCGCUGCUGCGGCCAAGAGGCGCAGUUGGGUUUGAUCCCGAGUCAGACGCUCGGGGCAAGAGCCUCACUCGCGGUUUUAUUAAGACCCUGAAUGGUCCCAUUUUGCUGCUGACCUCUGGCAGAUGUUUCGCACGCAGCACGGGCGGUUGCGCUGUUUGUAAGCGCUUCUCUCGGGCACAGACCCAGGCCAGCGGCGUUUCUUUCUACGCGUCGGAGAGGAGAAAAAAAUACAAACAGGCAAUGAGGGAAACGGCAAAGAGACGUGUUUGA